CCCGCUGCUCAUGGACCCGGUGUGGGCGGGCGGCGGCGCGGGCGCGGGCGCGCGGCGCCAGCUGGGCGACAACUUCUCGCAGCGCGUGCGCGCGCGCAGCAACUGCUUCGUCACCACCGUCGACUCGCGGUUCCUCAUCGCCGCCGGCUUCUGGGACAACAGCUUCCGGGUCUUCUCCACUGACACCGCUAAGAUAGUACAAAUAAUAUUCGGGCACUACGGCGUGGUGACGUGCGUGUCCCGCUCAGAAUGCAACAUUACGUCAGACUGCUACAUCGCGUCGGGCUCAGAGGACUGUACUGUGCUGCUAUGGCAUUGGUCUGCGCGUCACGGCGGCAUCGUGGGCGAGGGAGAAGCGCCGGCGCCGCGUGUCACGCUCACGGGCCACGACGCGCCCAUCAACGGCGUCCUCGUGUCUGCGGAACUUGGGCUCGUCAUUUCAUCGUCAAUCAACGGCCCAGUGCUAAUCCACACGACGUUCGGCGAGGUCCUACGCUCGCUACCGGCAGCUGAAGGGGUCUGUUCGCCGCAACAACUGGCUCUAUCUAGAGAAGGAGUGGUGGUCGUGGCGUACGCGCGUGGACAUCUCGCUGCCUUCACGCUCAACGGCCGUCGGCUGCGACAUGAGACGCAUAACGAUAACUUCCAGUGCCUGGUGCUGUCCCGCUGCGGCGAGUACCUGGUGUGCGGCGGCGACGCGGGCGUGGUGGAGGUGUGGCGCGCCGCCACGCUGGCGCCGCUGUACGCCUUCCCGCCCGCCGGCGCCGCCGUCACCUCGCUCGCGCUCUCGCACGACCAGAAGUUCUUGCUGGCGGGCUUAGAGAACGGCUCCUUGGUCGUGUUCCACAUCGACUUCAACCGGUGGCAUCACGAGUACCAACAACGAUACUGAGCCCGACCCAACCCUCGCGCCUGCCAUUUCUGUAACAUUGCAUUCGCGCACUCUUAGUCCUUGUUGUCCUACUAGACAAGGACUAAUCACAUCUCCUUACAAAAUCUUGCACUUAAAAACGACUAAGGAUCUUCCAUAAAGCUGUUAGUUGUAUUCUAUUAAUUAAAAUUGGCAACUUAUGGCCCAAAGGACGAACGUCCAGGUCCCAAAACUAUUGAAAAAAGAAAUUUAUUUAUCAAGAUCUUUACCGGGCGAAGAUGCUAGAUUUUUUGUAAAAUUAUAACUCAGUUUUAUGAAACGAACCACACCCUUGCAUGUUCAAAUUGUAAAAACUUACGCGUCCUGAGAACAUGCGAGCUUUGUUAAAGAAAACAUUUAAUGUCUUCAAUGCAGAUUAUCCUAAUCCAUUUUUAGAAUGUAAGAUUUUUUGAGGAGAAAAUCAAAAAUGGCGGCGUGACAGUGUUGCUACUCUAAGUCUGAAAAUACAUUAAUUAAAAUAAAGUAGGAAAAUAUGGUAAUGUUUAUAUCUAGUGUUGCCAUAUUAAACUUGUGCUAAUAGUGACUUCUAGGUUUAAGAGUGCGCGUAUGCUACUUCCUGUACUUAACAUACAUGUUAUACAGAAAGAAGUGUAUAAAUUGUAAAAAAGCCUAGAUAUUGACGCUUCGAUAAGUUUAAUCGUACAAGCGGGUCUAUAAAACACUUAACGACAACUAUGUGUAGAAUGUCGCAAGGAAAAUCUGACUUAAAACACUCAAGAAAUACUUUUAAAGUAACAGGAAUAAAAGCAAAAAAGGGAAAUGUAUACAUAGAUGCUAUAUUUGAUAAUUCAUUCUCAUCUGGACCUAGUAGUCGUAAGAGAAAGUAAAGUUUUAAAUAUUGACAUUCCAUUAUAUUAUCAUGAUUUUAUGAAUUAUGGUAUUUUUUUUUAAUUGAAAUGAAAUUUAUUUGUAUGUUUUGGAAGCAAUUUUAAUUAGUGCCAUAGGUUAGUUUGACUGCAAUGCAAAUGUAAAAGCCUCGAUAUUUAAAAAUGUAGUAUUCCAAUUUAGAUCUCUCAUGCAGCUGACGUCCAUUUUUAUUAUGAAUUAUAUUUGUUUCAAAAAUGAAAAUAUGUAAAGUACUUAAUUAUUUUUAAUUGUACAAUAUUGAAUUUAUUUAAUAAUAUAAUUGUAAUAAAAUCUUUAUUUCAGGUAACGACCCAUAGCAUAAUAUAUAACAUAUUUAAUACCAAGAAAUAAUAUAUAAAUAUAUCUAAGUAAUUAAAAUUUGCCAUUCUCACACCGAUGCAAUUUCAUCCAAAAAUUCGCAAAAGGAGUUGGCGAAGUCGUCAGCAACAGUUGCCAGAAUAGUAAUUUCGCCAUUUCGUAGGCGAUUCCAAAAAGAUGCCGUCCGGACUCUGAGUGUGGCGAAAAAGUCGGGAACCUUCGCGUCGGUGAAUAUGCCCUUUGCGCUUCAAGGUCCGAAAGGCGAUUUACUGAACUCGUAACCCGUUGUACGACCGUUUCGUGAACUUUAUCCACAACAGACAAGUAUAAAAGCAUUGACAAAAUGCCUUGAAUAAAAGCACUUUCACAUCUCCCUUACAACGCGCAAACCUGCGAGCGAGCAUGUUGCACCGCACUUCCUCUCCAUAUCCGCGUCAUCUGUCAGUCUGUCGGUCAGUACGUGUCCUAGGCACUUAAAGCUCUUCACAACCCGAUCCAUUCAGGAACACCGGUGGUAUGACAUCGGGACCCCUACCCGCCCCGAAAACGAGCAUUUCUGUUUUCAGUACAUUGUACUCAAGACCACGGGUCUUAGUAAACUUCUCACAGAUGUUGACAAGUUUCCUAAGCACCAUGUCAUCCGCGUAACUCAAGUUGUUAACACUCAGGUUACCAACAUGGCAACCGAUUCCGGAGCCGCUCAGCUCCUCGAUCAUGCCAUUAACGUAAAGGUUAGGUUCGGAGAUCUCAAACUACCUUGAACGCCACACUCUAUAAUCACUGGAGAUUGCGUCGCCCCAUUUCACGUCAUUAAUUUGGUUUUCGUACCAGGACCUCAUAAGACUUAGAACCUCGUCGGAGGUUCGUUUUUGUAUUUUACUAUAAUUUACGAGGUCGAAAGCGCGGCUAAGAUCCAAAAACAAGUAUAUACCGAGGUAUCCCUAUUUACAUAAUAUAUAAGUUCGGCAUACUUUAGACUCAGCCGUCGAGUCGGUUGAAAGUCCAGCACGAAAACCAAAUUGCCCGUCACUUAGUGAAGUUUUUUGUUCCAUCACAUUUAUGUCAUUCCAUCCAUAUUUAUAUUACUUUUAGUACUAUUAUGUUAUAUAUAAAGCCUUUGUAUGAACGUAUAUUUUUAUGAAAUCGGCAUACACGCAUUCUGUCCAAUAAGUAUUAUUUCGGCAAACUUAACUUUAUAUACUUGUUCUUUUUUAUUACUUUUGCUAUUCUAUUUUCUGCGGUGGUGGGUAAACUAGUACUUAAAUUUUAUUCAGCGAUUUAAUUUUGUUGUAGCAUAUUUUGGUUUUUAUUAAAUGGUUACAUUGAAUUUA